AUGGAUAUGGAGGAAUUUUUGGAUGAAGCUAGAAAAGGUCAAGUUGGUAUGUUGCUUCUUAAGACUGAAGAUGACGAAGAUACAGCUGGUAUGGUUGAUGACAAAAAGGAUAUCAUGUCGGUGGUUCAAGGUACAAAUAAGAGUUAUUUUGCUGAAUUGAUUAGGAAUUACAAAGAUAUUUUCAAAGGUGAAUUAGAUCAGAAGCCACCACUGCGUGGAAGUUGGGAUCCAAAAAUUGAGGUGGUACCCCAUAUUAGUCCUCCAGCUACAAGACAAUAUCCAUUGUCGGUUCCAGAACAAGAAGAAUUACGCAAGCAGGUGAAAAAGAUGCUAGAGAUAGGGUUAAUCUCCCCCACUCCUCCACAAAGUCCGGGUUAUAACUCUCCUGUACUAUUCGUCAGGAAAUCGGAUCUGAGUUAUAGACUUUGUGUCGAUUAUCGUUUGUUGAAUCUAAUAAUCAUAUCGAAACAGUUUAGUAUUCCGAGAGCAGAAGAAUUAGUGAGAGAUAUUGCCGGUCAUCGUUUCUACACAAGACUUGAUAUGACAGCGGCCUUUCAUCAACUCAGGUUGGAAGCUCUGUCUAAAUACUAUACUAGUUUUAGUGCUUUUGGUAGAAGGUAUCAUUUCAAUGUGCUUCCGUUUGGUUUGUCUAUAUCGCCAGCUAGUCUUUGUGAGGUGAUGUCAGAAGUAUUGGAUGGUAUUGAAGGUUGCAAGAGUUAUAUUGAUGACAUCAUUGUUUAUUCUAACACAUUGGAGGAACAUGAGGAAAUUUUGAGGGAAUUGUUUAGUCGCUUUAGAAAGUAUACUUUUUAUUUGAAACCAACAAAAUGUUCAUUUGGAGAUACUACUACAUCAUUCUUGGGUCAUGAAAUAUCAAGUAAUGGAGUGUCUAUUCCGGAGGAUCAUUUACGUACUAUUAGAGAAUUAAAGUGUCCAGAUACUAGUAAGGGAAUGAGAAAAGUUAUGGGUUUUAUGAAUUUCUUCAGAGGCCAUGUUCGCAAUUUUGCUAAGAUGUUAAUGAAUGAAGUUUUCAGUGUGUUUGGGUUGCCACAUAAGAUAAUUUCGGAUAAGGAUAUUCGAUUUAUGAAUCUGGUAUUUGACUACAUUUAUGAAUAUUACCAAAUCCAAAUGGCUACUACAUCUACCAAUAAUCCGGCUGCUAAUGGUCAAGUUGAAUCAAUUAAUAAGUCAGUUGUUACUGUGUUACGUGCAUAUUGUGGUUUAGAAUCUGCUCAUUGGAGUACUUAUAUUAAGAUUGUUCAGUUUACAUUGAAUACCCAUUGGGCCAAAGCUAUCCUGAUGACUCCGUAUCAAGCUGUAUUCGGUAGAUUACCUCGAGAUCAAUAUGGUUUAUCAGAUUUCUACAUGAAUCAUUCGAAUGCUGAUGCUGCUGCAUUAGUUACAAGAGCUCAACUUAUUAGGACAUAUAUCAAGGAUAAUUUGUCAAGAUAUUAUGAUGAUUUGGAAGAAAAAGCUAAUAAGGGUAAAAAGGAUAUAGUCUACAAAUUGGGAGAUUUAGUACUUUUACAUCGUGAUGCUUAUUAUACUCCAUUCAGAUAUCGGAAGCUUACUCCAGUUUACUAUGGUCCAUUUAAGAUUGUGAAGGUUAUUAAUGAUAAUGCUUAUGAACUUGAUUUGCCAAAGAUUUCUAAGAAAGAUAGAGUGAUUAAUUCGAAAUGGUUUAGACCUUACAUCAUGGAUAAAGUUGCUUUUAGAGAUGUUCCACGUCCAGGUAAAGAAAGUGAACUCAGAGCUGCUGAAAUCAGUGCUAUCCUAGGUAUAGAUUAUGAGAAUCAGACUUUGGAUGUUACUUGGUUAGGAUGCAGACCUAAUCAUGCUACUACAGUGCUGUUGGAUUGGUUCAAUCGGUUCGUCCCUAAGUAUUUACGAAAGACGUUAUAUGAGAAUGCUAAAUCGUUGUUUGGUGAUCGAAUUGAGUUCAAUCAGAGAAAGGAGUCUUAG